CAUCGCCCUCAGGUACGGAGCCUCCGCCCGCUGCGGAGGCUGGCGGAGCGCGGCGGCGGCGGCAUGGAGCCCCGCCGGCCGCUGGGGCCGCGGUAGGGCGGCAGGCCGGCGCCGGGGGUGGGGGGGAGAGACCCCCACCGCGUAGAGGCAGCCCGCGGCCGGACAAAAGCAUGGUGGAUGUGGAGGCGGCGGCAGGAAGAACCCCGGCGGAGACCCGCGGCAGCCUGGCAAGAUAUGAGAAAUGAGUGUUGGACGCAGGAGAUUAAAGCUGCUGGGAAUUCUGAUGAUGGUAAACAUUUUUAUUUAUGUGAUUGUGGAAGUCUCAAAAAGUGGCAGCCAAGAGAAGAAUGCAAAAGGCCGUGUUAUUAUACCACGCAGCAAAUUCUGGAGAAAAUACACUCCUCACAAAGCUUAUUGGAACAAACAGCAACAGAAGCUUGAACUGCUGUACAACCCUAUUCUGACCUUGCUUUCCAAUAUGACUGUGGAAGAGAACUUAGUUUCUAACUCGAGUGUUCUCAGUUCCUGUGACCCUGACCCGUGGGUACCUUCAGAGGUUAGUGACUUUGCAAACUUGCCAGACAGAUUCAAAGAUUUUCUACUUUAUUUGAGAUGUAGAAAUUAUUCAUUAUUAAUGGAUCAGCCAAACAAGUGCAAACAUAAACCUUUUCUGCUGCUGGCUAUUAAGUCACUUACACCCCAUUUUGAUAGAAGGCAAGCAAUUAGGGAAUCCUGGGGCAAGGAAAUAAAAUCAGGGGAUGUGACAGUCAAACGGGUCUUCUUACUUGGACAGACACCACCAGAGGAUAAUUUUCCUGAUCUUUCAGACAUGAUAAAAUUUGAGAGUGAAACCCACCAAGACAUUCUCCUCUGGAACUACAGAGACACUUUCUUCAAUUUAACUCUGAAAGAGGUGCUGUUUCUUAAGUGGGUCAGCAGCAGUUGCGCAGAUGUCCAGUUUAUUUUUAAGGGUGAUGAUGAUGUUUUUGUGAAUACCCAUCAGAUCCUGGAUUACUUGAAGAGCUUAUCAAAGGACAAAGCCAAAGACUUAUUUAUAGGUGAUGUGAUCAAAGAUGCUGGACCUCAUAGAGAAAAAAAAUUGAAGUACUACAUCCCAGAAAGUGUUUAUGAAGGUUCGUAUCCUCCAUACGCAGGAGGCGGUGGGUUUCUGUACUCCGGUGAUCUGGCAUUAAGACUGAAUAAUGCAUCUGACCAGGUACUCCUUUACCCUAUUGAUGAUGUUUAUACUGGAAUGUGCCUUCAGAAGCUUGGGCUUGCUCCGGAAAAACACAAAGGCUUCAAAACAUUUGAUAUCGAAGAGAAAUACAGAAAUAACAUAUGUUCCUACACAAACUUAAUGUUAGUACAUAGUAGAAAACCUCAAGAAAUGAUUAAGAUUUGGACACGCUUGCAAGAUCCACACUUAAAUUGUUAAAGUAAUGUGCAUAAGUGUCUUAAGUCCAAAUAACUUUCCAAGUUUGGGUCUGAAUUUCUUGGUGGACCAUUGAAGCUCUGUUUAAUAGUUUAAUUUUCUCUGGAGACUUUUUCCUGUACUUUUGAAAAUGAGAAUAAUACUAAAAUUUGAGGAGAUGGCUUGAAGACUUCGUCCUGAAUUUUCCACUGUCCUGGUGGUCAUUAUGUUUCAAUAUUUGUCUUAAAUUAAUUUUAAAAAGAACUUCAAGGAUGUAACUAGCUGUCAGUGACUGGUUAGUUGUAUUGGAAACAGGGAUUGCCUACUACAAUGCAUCUUUCAUUAAUUGUGAUGGUGGAAGACAAUUUCUCCUUGAGUAGUGUUUGUUUGUGGGUGUGUGGAAACCACUGUAAAUUGAAAAUUCACAAAUUGGAGGAAUGUAGUUUAAGUAUGAAACACUCUUAUGAGACUUUAACUAUUGAAUUUUUUUAAUUUAUAGUUUUCAGUCUUUUUGCACCCUGGAACAGUAUUUUCUCCUUUACUUAUGAUCUUUUGUGCAAAGCGUGCUUGUGUCUGAAGGAUUUACCCUUUAUUAGAUGAUGCUUUUUUUUACAAAAAAGCAUAAUACUGUUUGAAACACCCCAUAAAAGAGCUGAAUAUGUAAGGUAGAGGAAGAACAGAUUUUGUUUGGGGCUGGACAGUAGAUACAGGUAGGUCUGCCCCCUGCCCCAAGCUGAUGUGCAGUAAAGCUGACUUAUUGCUCAUGUUAUUUAUGUGAAAAGCUACUCUGGUCAGUCCUUGUUUUCUGUUUUGGCACUAAAUGUGCUCAGGUAGCUUGACUUGAUGCAAAUAACUGAAAUUGCACAUUGCUUAUGAAAGCAUGGUUUGGACCUCCUAUAAAGUGGUAGCAAAUCUAGAAUUGUGCAGAUCCUAAGAGUUUUGAAUUUUGAAACAAACUUCGAAGUUGCAUGAUGUCUCAUGUAGAGUUAAACAUGUUCUCGAAACUCAGAUCUUCUGUAUUUCCACAUCUUGCUUAUAAGAGUUAUUCUAAAUAGUGAUUGCUUCCUUUGUAUAUGUAGAAGUGCCUGUCUAUUUAUUGUUCGGAUUGAAGACCAAAACAUUUUCUUAAAUAUAUUUUGUGUAACAUUUUAUUUGUAUAGUGUUGUCACUCAGAUAUUUAAAUAGAGCAUGAUAUUUUAAAUCUGUGAGAUGUGUAACAUGUUAAAUAAAACUAAUUGUUAUUUUUGAA